CCUCUCUCAAUUUUUUCCUGGGCAUCUUUUUAGUUGAGGUCUCUUGACAGAAGUGCUUUUUCAUUGCUAAUGCUUAUCCCACAUGUCAUUUGAUUCUUACCAGUCAUCUUCCACUUAACUUCCCAACACCGCCCCUUUACGCCUUGUUUAGUGGUCCCUAUCCAAGGCUGCUCUCUUUCCCUUCCGACUCAACGAACACUUUUCUGUACCUGUCUUUGUCUGGAUGGAUGAGUUUGGGAUGAACUCAGUCGAUCCAAAUUUUGCCAUCGACUUCGAUGAAUCUCUAGUUCCUGUCAGAGACAUCAGGCAAGCCAGGCAAAGCAGUGUAGAUUUUGAUGGGCUACUAGAGACUCCUCUCCUUCUUCAGGAGGACCUUAAAAAGGGCUGCGGAGGCCAACUAUGGCCAGCGGGCAUGGUCCUUGCCAAAUACUUAUUAAAUCAGCACCGCUCCAGCCUUGCCAACAAUUCAAUUAUCGAGUUGGGAUCUGGCGGCGGCUUGGUUGGGCUGGCAAUUGCGAGAGGUUGUCAAAUUGGUCCCUCGCCUGUGAUCAUCACCGAUCAAGCCCCGAUGUUGCCUCUAAUGGAAACAAACAUCAAGCUCAACAAGCUCUCAGAUCUUGUUACGGCCACCAUCCUGAAUUGGGGGGAGAAUAUCCCUGACUGCAUCCCCCCAAAGCCUUCGAUCAUACUUGCAGCCGAUUGCGUCUACUUUGAGCCAGCAUUCCCCCUGCUUAUAUCAACCCUGAAAGAUCUUCUUGGACCAGAUUCAACAUGUUAUUUUUGCUUCAGGAAACGUAGACGUGCUGAUCUCCGAUUCAUGAAAAUGGCAAGAAAGCUGUUCAUUAUUGAAGAAGUCCAAGAUGACCCUGAUGCAGAGACAUAUCGGAGUGAGAAUAUCUUCCUUUACACCAUACGCCGGAAAUCUAGUUGGAAUAGUAUAUCGAACUUGGCAGCGGUCUGAAUUUGCGAAAUGGUCUUG